CUUGAAGUCGUUAUAUGUAACUGUUCAAUUUGUGCAGCGAGGCUCUCGAAAGGCAAGUGCAACUAUGGCGUAUGUGGGCUAUAAUUACUGCCUUUCACAUCGUUCCCGUCUCAUCAACUUCAUCAAUGGUCAAAGUCAGGGUUUUUCCUAUUUUUCAGUUCGUCUGCUAUCUUUCUCCAUACCAUUGGAAGGCUUCCGCAGUGCCUCGACAUCGCCUUAUGUGACUGACGAAAAUACCCUCGAAUUUCGACAGAUCAGCGACUCGAACUUUUGCUGUGUAGGACAGAGCCCAAUCACGUAUCACAGCAUAAUAUACAGCCCUCGGAUUCCAGCACCUACAUACACGCUGAUAAUGUUGCCCGCUUCAUAUUUCUUUGCAGAUGUCUAAACCUUGGGUCGAUCGUCGGUCGGCCCCCAAUCAUAACCAACACCAAGCUUCACGGCGAGUGGCUGUUUGUUCUUGGCCUUCAUCGCACUGGACCAUAUUGACGGCCGAAGGAGUGCCUUGUAACAUGCACGGUUCGUGUGGAAGGAGGUCGCGGUGAGGGUCUAUAAGGCGUCGACACAGCUCUGGUUCAUCGAAUGUAUUCUGUUUUCAAGCUUUCUCUCCAUUGAGCUGGAUGGCUCUGUUCACUCCCAGCCUGCAUUGAAGCAAAAUGACGAGGCCACAGACCACACAUAUGGACGACAACCACAACGAACACCCACUACCCGACCACGAAAGGCCACCACCAGUAUCAGAAGGCGCGAGCCUCGUCAGCAACGAGAAGUCAAAGACAGGUCAACCGGAAAAGCCAUGGACACUAGGCUUUGGACCACGCUUCCCCUGGAUAGCGAGUCUGUCCAUACUAUUCUCUUUUAUCCUGGUCGGGCUCAUGAUCUCCAUCACAGUUCGGGCAGAUGACACGAAAGUCGACUCUUGGGCUGUGCCACCACCGGUUCUUCUUGCGAUUUUCUCCACUGUCGCCAAUGCCCUCAUCCAAGUUGUCCUGGUAAGAGGAGCUGCCAUUACGUGGUGGUAUCUUGCUAUGCGGCCGGCUCGCCAGAGUCUUGUUCAGGAUAUACACUGGCGCUGGGCAGCGGCUGGUGGCAUAGUCGAUGCUGUGGAGAGCAUUCUUCGCCGAGGCCUGAGCAAGACGGCUGUUGCGUGUUCCUUUGUAACGAUUGUGGCUAUCAACGCCCCGCUCUUGCAACGCGCGGUGGGCGUAAGAACUCGAGAAGACUUUAGAGCUGGUGUGCAAAUCGGUCCGGUGUAUGCAGCUCCGCGGCUCCCACAAGGCUUUGGCGCUGUGGCGCUUGGAAGGUACAAGGAGCUGAGCCCAGCGAAGAACUUUAGUGAGGUGAUGGGGGAGUAUUUCAGCAGAUCGCCAAUGAUGAUUCAGAGUGAUGGGGUCAACAUCACGGGAGAAUACACGACCGAGAUCACUGCUAUGGGAUAUCGCUUUGACUGCACGGCUGAGAAUACCACUAGACUCCCGAGCUACAGCGAGGUCGAUGAAGGGUACCAGUAUUACACGGGUCUCGGUGCCAACGUCUUUGUCAGUUCUCCGGUUUACAGUGAGAAACCAAAAGAUUUGUGGAAUGCCAAAUUCGUGGCCACGUUGCUGAAGAAUCCCCUUCGGGAGGUGGACACGAGAAAAGACGGCCGCCAGUUCUUUUAUGAUGCUGUGUGGAAGCCGGAGCAGGGGUGUAUAGACGCCACGCAUGGCAUCGAGGUUCGAUCACGCAACUGUGACAUCUACCCAGCGGUCGUCAAGUACCCUAUCACCAUCUCCAACAACACCAUCAAACUUCGCCCGAGCCCGUCGCCCCUUCACGACGAGCUAGUCUCGCUUGAGACCUUUGACGAGGCCAUGGAAGAUAUGAACAGGGCCAGCUCUACGCACGGCGGACUCGCGCUGUUGUUGAACCACCGCUUCUCGGCCAACUACACCAUCAGACCGGUGACGCCCAUGCAGGACUAUCACCGGUGGGAUGCGCUGUCGGAAGGGUACUUUGCCUACGAGAUGGCCGCGACGGCUGCCGACGAAGUCAACUGCAACCUCAGAUUCAAGGACCCGGGACCGAUUAUCUAUGAAGCUGUUCGCGAACUGGCGUUGCGCUCGGCUCUCGGGGCUGUGAACACGUCGGAUCCUGAACACAAGCUGAUGCUGGAGGGGGAGCAGACUGAGACGGUGGCGGUGUUUGUAGCUAACAUGACGUUUCUCUAUGGGGCGGUGGCGGUUACGGUUUUGGCUACGGUGGCGGUUAUGCCUUUGUAUUAUGGGUUUUGGAAGCUGGGAAGGGAGGUUUCGAUGUCGCCGUUGGAGGUUGCGAAGGCUUUUCGGGCGGCGCAGUUGGAGGGGGUGGCCUCUAAUGCUGAGAUUGGAGGGUUGCUCAAGGGGGUGGGGGGGAGGCCGAUUCGGUAUGGAGUUAUUGAGGUUGAGGAGGGGGGGUGGGUUUUGGGGAUGGGGAAGCCGGGGAGGACGGUUCAUCCUGAUGAGAUGGGGGAGAGGGAUUCGCUUGAGGGGGAUGGGGAGAGUGCAAGGGGAAGGGAAGGAAGGUGA